AUGCAGAAUGUCUCCAUCUUGCCACCGCAGGCUCGGAAGCCAAUUAGUUCAGCUUACCGCCAAUUUACUUCUCAGAUGCAGAAAGCUGCAGUGGAGUACUGCACAACGAACAACUUGAAUUGCAGCGAACAGCAUGCCCUCCAGACUGCUAUUUCUGUGGCACUGAGGACAUCUCCGGCAGCCUCCAUGUUCAGGCAGAUCUCAGCAUCUCUCAGUGCAGUUGAGGUAAUGAUGCACUAUAUAUUGCCUCAAAAGUUGAACUGGAGACAUGGCUCUCCUGAGGAGUUUUGUUCGCGUCACGAAAAGCCCGCAGCCACUAAUACCCCUGGACACCAGUACAUUGCACAUGAACCAUACAACCUCGACGGCGGAUACCACUUGACGUCGAGAUUGGGGGGCUCUCUUUCGUUCGAGAAAAUAAUACCCACGAUUGAUCCUCUGGACAGGUCGUCUAAUAUGCUGUAUCUGUACAAGUCCGAGGAAGGCAAGACUGCCAGCGAGAUACUGAAGUCUUCACACGUCGCAGUCAGCGCCAUCCCGGUAUAA